UCACACACACACACACACACACACACACACACACACACCAGUGAGCGGUUCACGUGCCCGAGCGGACUAGCGCUCCGCACAGCACCUCGUCAUAAGUCACUAUCUCUUCACACACACACAGUACACGCGGUCUGACAAACACGAGCACCCGCGUGCGGGGGGUGGGACACGGCGCGCGGACGGAGGACUCAACUAGUCGCGCCGCUCGAAUAGUUACUUUGUGACGGACGCCCGCGCUGUGUUACCAGCUCGUUCGACGCCGGGACACUCUGUGUGUGUCUGUAACAACGGGGCGGAGAGCUGCGCGGGAAGCGCGUGGAAACACGGAGGGAACGAAAGGCGCCGUCUGUGUCGUGAGUUCGUUCGAACGGGCUCGAGCAGGUGGAGCGGGCGCGAGGAGCCGAGUCCCGCCGCGCGCACCGACACCGCACGGAUCGGACGCUAUUGAUGUCCAAUGCACAGAACUUCUGCUCCAGAGCUUCCCUAUGGAUGAACUCAAAUCUGAGGCUCGCUGACCAUCCCGCCACCAGCGUUGUGCCAGAGGGAUGCGGUGGAGUGGCGGGUGUCUCUAACUGGUGCACAGAACUUAGUCUGCCACGGAAAUCAUCACUUGGGCAGUGCAUCACGACCUUGAUUUACCACGGUGGAAAACACACCCCCUGGCACUGAUCGAGUUUGGUUCAUUUCUGUUCGGGGUGUUUGAUUGGAGCCGUACACCCAGGCUUGGGCCGGAGGGGAAUGUUGAAAUAGCUUCCUUGCUGAAGCAGGACUGCCACCCCGGAGGCUCAUGUGCAGCCAGGAGGCUGCCUGCGGAUUGAGAGGGCUUCAGAUCUGGGGAGGCUCAUUUGGACCCCAGAGGCUCCACUGGGCCACACAGCACACUCUUUUCUCACUCCGUCUCUUUCGGCCUAAUGGCAUGGGUCAAGUUUUUCAAGAAGCCAGGGGGCAAUCUGGGCAAGUCAUACCAGCCGGGCAGCAUGCUGUCCUUGGCGCCAACCAAGGGCCUGUUGAAUGAACCUGGGCAGAACAGCUGCUUCUUGAACAGCGCCGUGCAGGUCCUGUGGCAGCUGGACAUCUUCAGACGCAGCCUCCGACAGCUGCCCGGCCACUUCUGCCUCGGAGACUCCUGCAUAUUUUGUUCCCUGAAGAGCAUCUUCACACAGUUCCAACACAGCCACGAACGGGCCCUACCCUCCGACAACCUGCGGCACGCCCUGGCCGAGACCUUCAAGGACGAGCAACGUUUCCAGCUGGGCUUCAUGGACGAUGCGGCCGAAUGCUUUGAGAACAUUCUGGAGAGGAUCCACCUGCACAUUGCCCCAGACUCCGAGACAGAUGCUUGCACCUCCAAGUCCUGCAUCACACACCAGAAGUUUGCCAUGACACUGUAUGAGCAGUCGGUGUGUCGCAGCUGUGGCGCUUCCUCGGACCCUCUGCCUUUCACAGAGCUGGUGCACUAUGUCUCCACCACAGCCCUCUGCCAGCAGGUAGAGAGGGGUAUCGAGAGGAGCGAGCGGCCCCGAGCGGAACGUUUUGGAGAGCUGCUGCAAGCUGCAUGCACCUUUGGAGACCUCAGGAACUGCCCGAGCAACUGUGGACAGAGGAUUAGGAUACGGAGGGUGCUGAUGAACUCCCCCGAGAUCGUCACCAUCGGCUUUGUGUGGGACACAGAGCAGUCGGACCUGACCGAGGAGGUCAUCCGCUCCCUGGGGUCUCAUCUCAACCUCUCUGAGCUCUUCUACGGUGUCACAGAUGAACAUGCGAAGAAGAGCGACCUGCUGCUCGUGGGGAUGAUUUGCUACUCCAGUCGACACUACUGUGCCUUCGCCUACCACUCCAAGUCCUCUAAGUGGGUCUUCUUUGACGAUGCCACCGUCAAGGAGGUCGGCACUAGAUGGAAAGAUGUGGUUACCAAAUGCAUCCGAGGCCACUUCCAGCCCCUGCUGCUGUUCUACACAAACCCAGAUGGUAGCGCCGUCUCCACCGAGGACGCUCCGAGACAGACCACCUCGUGGUCCCACGACAAGCCUGCUAUCGACGGGGAGCUCACAAUGCCCGAUGCACUGUCUCCAGGCACCAGGAAGCAGGAGCCCUCCCGAGAGAGCCUGUUCUCUUUGUCCCGGCAGCAACCUGCCCCUGUGAUGGCCUUCAGCCGGGGCAACGGGCAAACCAGUGGAGGAAGAGGGCCAGUGAAGAUCCUUCCUGUGGACCCUAGGAGCAAAUUGCGCGAGAUUUCCAGGGAGGCAGCCCAGCGUGCCGGGGAAGUGCGGGUGCCCCAGGCCCGGAGGGACGUGGAUAGGGGUCUGCGCACCCAGAGACACCGAGAUUCCUUCCCGGAGAAGACAUACUCGCGAUCGGCCUCACCCCCGGAGAGCGGCUUCAAGCAGUUUGCGGAGCAUCGCCUCUACAGCAGCCAGGGCAAGGGGCCGAGCCGUGGUGAGAGAUCACCUGUCCAGGGCAGGACGUCCUAUGAGCCACGGUCUCAGCAACGUGUGCAGGUGCUGCCUGGUGGCCGACAGUUCGACUUCUCCAACGGCUAUGACACGGACAGCAGCCAGGACUCACGGGACAGGGGCGGCGGACGCAGCAAAAGCAAGCCCUGGAGGCCUAUGAGGGAGACUCUCAACGUGGACAGCGUGCUGAGUGGCCAGAAACAGCAGGAGCGGCAUCAGCAGGGACCGCGCCACAGGCCAGUCGGCCAAGAGAGGGCGCCCUACGAGCGCCAGCGGUCUUGGGCCAAGGAGGAGCGUCGACUCAAGAGCCUUAAUACUAUCUAUGAAGAUGAGCAGAAGCAGGAGACGGGCAGCCACAGCUCCCUUGACUCAGUGGGCCGGAGCGCAAUGGAAAAGGAGAGGACUAAGAGCGGGCCUAGCCACAAGGUCCACAGUGACAAUUGGAAGAUGCAGCGCACGGAGUCCGGGUACGAGAGCAGUGACAGGCUCAGCAAUGGCUCUGCCAGCCUUGACUCACCUGUCGUGGAGAGCCUGGCUGCCAAAGAAUCAAGGCCCGUUCCCGAGCUGCUGUUGAUGCGGGAGCAACUCCAUCCAGUCAGGUCUGAUGAAUCCCUUCCUGUUGCUUCGCUGCUCCCUCCUGCCCAUGGUGAACAUCCCAUCAAAGCUCCUGACUGUACAGACUUUCCUGACCUCAAAUCCAAUUGCAACUUACAAAGAAAAAUGGCAUUCAGACAUAGUCCUGGCAGUUUUGAAAGCAGUGACAGCUCAGUUGGUGACUCCAUGAUUCCUGUGUCAAAUGGGCGUGGUCACGGUGCCAGAAGCCCCACCCUGCCAAGCCCGGAUAAGAAGAGCAGCUCAGAGCUUAACAGCUCAGACGACUUGUUGGGCUCCUUUUCCGAGCCGGAAGACAGCGAGACGCCUCCUGUUCCGCCCCCUCGUGAGCAGUCUCAGGCCCUGUACUAUAACUUGGCUCCGCCUCCUCUGCCUCCCAAGACAUACCCAGUGAGCACGAACCACGGGGGGCUCGCCCUCAGAACUGCGCUCCAGCAUGAGCCUUCGCAGGCCAGCCCCCGCCUGUCUCCAAAGGCAGCCCCAUCCCAAGCCAUUCCCCUAGCCCCUGAGCAGAGACCGCCCUCCGGUGCCGGCUCGAGCUCCAGUUCCGGAUCCUCGGACCCGGAGCGGAGCGAGCGGUUCGCCAGCGAUGGUGACAAAUGGAUCUUCUCGGGACCCUCGGGAUCUGCCAGAAAGGUCCUGCCCACCACCUACUUCUCAGUGGACAGCUGCAUGACAGACUCAUACCGACAGAAAUACCACCAGCAGAGGGCGACGUUGCACAAGGUGGCUGGCGAUCACAGCUCGUCUGGAGAGAGCGAGCUGUCAGACAGCAGCCACCAGCCGUCUGGAGAGUCCCACUCUUCCGAUUCGCUCAAGGCCAAGCUGGAAACAGCCGGCUACACCAGUAAAACUGUUGCAAAGUGGAACCCAGUGACCCCAAGAGGACUGGAUGAGCAUGGCUUCUUGUGAUGGAAGUCGCCUG